AUGACUCGAGGAGAAGGAUCACAGUCCAAGGUCCACUAUAAGGGCAAGCUCGACGACUACAUCAUAUUCGUUGACGAUGUUGGAACCUACAAGAAGUGGAUGAACCACAACAGCAUCCCUCUGGUUCAUUUCGUCUCCCCGCUUGUGGUCUUCCAGACUCACAAGCAAGGUGCACAGGGCCCGUACGAUACCGCCUCCAAAGGCAUUCUUGCAUCUGAGUUCGGAACCGAGGACUUCGACGAGGCAAUCAAGAAGAUAUUGAUGGAAGGCACCAUCCAGACAGUGGAGGCAAGUUAG